UCUUCACCUGCUAGUUGUUUACGCCAAACCGACGGACAAACCGAACAAUGUUUUUACAUGUAAAGUUAUAACAAUGGUGUAUAUUGUUUAUUAUAUUCAAUUAGUGUUUACUGUUGAACUGUGAUAUUGGGAGACUGAAAUUAUAGUUAAACUAGGGUUAAAGAUAGAAGAAAGAAAAUCUGAAUAGACGUGAUAUAAAACAGCGGAGGGUAUCCAAUGCUGUCUCCGCCACCAACUGCCGGAGCAACGUCAGGGGCACCGUGAACACUGGCGGUCGACGCACCACUUUGAUGAUCGCUACCCCAUUAGAGAAAAUCACCUACACGCUCUGUCACUUCAUUGUUAUUAAAUUCCUUAAUAUUUUCUUUAUUUUAUAAAUCUAUAUUAUAUAUUCUAUCUCAAGAAAUGAGUAAGAUGCUGAAAGUAGUAGGCGCCUCGUGGCUGCAGACUAAAAUAAGUUCAUACGUACUGGGAUUUCUUGGCGUUCUGGCUAUAAUAGCGCUAUUCGCUGGACAGAUCGAGAGGAGCCAAGAAGACGGCAAUUAUGCGGCGACGGUGUUCUACUCGGAGAAGACCGGCUACCGCAUCGAAUACUGGGGCCAAAGCAAUAAGCUGGCAGACCUACCCAGAGGGGUCGCCCGCGCUUACUUCAGAAUGGAUAUGAAAACAACAGGAUGGUCACUUCUGGAAGUAGAAACUGACGGUACAUAUAGAGACGACAUACAGGCGUAUGCGGCGGGCAUCGUAGAGGGGGCCUUAACAUCCUACCUCAUACACACACACCUUGAUAACACGGUGCGCGCGGUGUGCGGCGAGCAUGCGCGACAAUGCGAUAGGGUUAAAGACGAGCUUGACAAAUCCGUCAACAUCUGGAAAAGCUACGCAGCUGAAAGAGAAGCUACUGACCCCUUUUGGCACCAUGUUUCAUUGUACUACACACAAAUCAGCGGUAUGUACACUGGCUGGAAACACGGCAGCGAACGCAACGCCAACACAAAGUCCGACACGGACAUAUCGGAACUCUAUUGGCUGAACUCCAUGGCCGAUGUGGUGGAGUUGCAGCGCAAGAUGAACAUAACCAUAGACAACAACCCAGUGAACAAACUGCCGGGACUUUCGAGCGCUUUCUUAAGGGUCGUCAAUGAAACAUUAGAGAAUGGGACAACGACGAAGAGAAUUUAUCUCGCGCAUAAUGCAGCUGGGAGUUAUUUAUCAAUGACUCGUAUAUUAAAGAAGUACAAGUUGAACUACCGGAAGACAUCAACAGACGAUGCGGCAGUCCCGGGGCUGUCGGUAGAGUUCUCCGGGUACCCGGGCUCCGUGACCAGCCAGGAUGAGUUCUACGUCAUCAGGGGAGAUAACCACAGGAUGGCGGUCGCGGGAACCACGCUCAGGAAUUACAAUAAGAAGCUCUGGAAGAGCGUUAACAUCACAGAACAGUUGCCGGUCGGUCCCCGUGUUGCGGCCGCCAACAAGUUGUCAGCUAACGUGAGCUCGUGGGGGCGCACACUCGCCGCGCACAACUCCGGCACCGCCACCAAGCAGUGGCUGGUCGUCGACUUCGCGCACUUCCAUCACAUACAACAGGGGAAGGUGAAAGACAGAAAGGAGAUCGUCACCGAGAUCACUGUAAACAAUUUGUUGUACAGGGACGUAAAGCACACGAUCAUCCACCGCUGGGGCGGAGGGCGAGGGCGAGGCGCGGCCUGGCUGCUGGAGCAGGCGCCGGGCCGCACUCAGUCCGCAGAUCUCACCGCCGCCUUGUUAGACAAGCACUACUGGGCCACAUACGGACUGCCUUUCUUCAAGGAUGUAGCUGAAUUGACACACGUGACCAAAAUGGAAGCUAUCUACGGCAAAAUGUUCUCGGAAUCUGAAUCGCCUCGUGCCGUUACAUUCAAACAGGGCUACAAGAACGCCACUUCGUUAGAUAGUAUCAUACAACUGAUGCGUAUGAACAAUAUCACAGCGCUCAGUGAAAAUCAAACCAAGUUUCCAGAAUGUUCCGACGAAUUAAACUGUCUUCUAGAGGAAGCCGAUCUCUGGUCUGCGCUCGGAGCUAGAGGAGAUAUUGUGAGACGACAUCAAGAAGCGUAUGGAGUUAUUGAUACGAAAGUUGUUAGUGGUACAACAGACGGCAAUAGCUUAGAUCUUGUUGCUAUAUCAAGUCCGCCAUUCACGGAGCCACCAAAACUAAACCUAACGGAGAUAAAGUUUAACAAAGGAAACGUUGCUUCCAUAUAUACUGACGCGUUUGACGACGAACCUACUAUAGAUGGUCUUCAAAUACGGGACCUCGUCAAACAAAAAGCCGAAGAAGAAUUAGAAAUGCUUAACAAGGACAUUUUACAACCCUUCCAAUGGUCGGAGAGCUCAUUUAAAGAUAUCACACACGAAGGUUUACCCGACAAAUGGGCUUUUGGCCCCUUCAAGCCACAAUGGUCCUGGUGAAUCUCAAAUUGCAAAUAACACUAAUAAUUCAUUUUGUACUUACCAACUGUACUUAAAUUUUGUUAACUACAAAUCAUUUUUUUUGAUGAAGUUUUUUAUAACAAAUAUUAGGGCAUUAUGACCUUCACAAAAAAGAAGUCCCAGUAAAUAAUUGACGUUAUUGUCUUUACCAACAACUUAUAUCAUAAACUAUUUUCAGUCAUGUUUUAAUUUAAUAAUCUCUCUAAUUCCAAUUCUCCAUUUAAAUUCACCUAUCAUUUAUGUUGUA